AUGGCUCGAACUAUAAAUGCAGAGGGCAAUGGCCAAAGAGAAAAGAGGAACAACGGAUUCGUGGCCCACAUCAAGGAUUACUGCUCCAAUUGUACCCUGGCCGGAUUCGCCUACAUGGCCAAUUCCAGGUUACAUUUUACGGAACGCAUCUUCUGGCUGAUCUGUGUGAUCGUUUCUUCGUUGGGCUGCUACCAUCUGAUCGUCGCAUAUCAGCGGAGUUUUCCCUCCAGAGCCGUAAGCAUUGUGUACGAGAGUCUGCCACCGCUUUCCAAAUGGCAAUUUCCCUCGGUCAGCGUCUGUGAAGUUGCCCACAAGGGUCAAUUAUUUCACACUAUGGAGGACUUCAUAGAAGGUUUGGGCAUAGAUGUGGCCGGUGGGUACCCAUACGAAGUGGAGUCCGGGAUAGCGACCAUUUUUUUCCCCGUAAUGUACAAUGAAAUGUCAUUGAAGGGCAGGUGUGGAUUAGCCUUGACGGAUUGCCAAGGGCCAUGUGCAGACUGUCCUGCGAAAGACUAUCGGAAAAUACUCAAAUGGUAUGGAGCCAACUGCUCGGACUUAUUCGUCGAGUGCAAGUUAUCAGGAGAGCCCUUCGACUGUUGCCGGUACUUUCGCCCCCUGCUGACGCCCUAUGGCCGCUGCUAUAUGCUGAAUUCCCUGCAGAACAAUAAACCUGGCUCGAAGCAUUGGCUGCCCAACCAAUUGGAUCCCGCCGAUCGGAAGGCUGUGAUAACCAUGGUCACACAAAUGGAGGUCCAAGUGAACUUGAUGAAUGCCGAGGAUAUUCCGCACACGGCGUUUUCUCCGCCAGGAAUUUUGGCCAUUACUCCGGGAGUGGGCAAGUAUAUGCAAUUCAACCAGGUAAUCAUGACAAACGAUCCGGAUGUCAGGGAGGUCGACUCGAAGAUUCGCAGCUGCCUCUUUCCCGAUGAGAAUCCGCCCACCAGUGUUUAUAAGGCUUACAGCUUCAGCGUCUGCAUCGCCGAGUGCAUCAGGAAAUUGCAGAUGAAGAUGUGCAACUGCACAGCUUUUUUGUAUGUUCCAAAUGCAGAUGAACGCUUUCCGGACUGCGAUCUGGAUGGAUAUUUAUGUUUGGAGAAGACCCGGGCGUUCAAGCCGGAUUCCAGGGUUCUCUUAAAUAACAACAAGAGAAACAACGAAAGUUGCGGUUGCCUGCCUUCCUGCAAUGAUGGCGAUAUCUAUACCGUUUACGAGCCCAAUAUAAUGACUCGAACCGGUAACAAGUAUUUCAACGUCACAUUAGAUAUGCCCUUCCCGCCAACGGAUCAGUAUCGGCGGCAGGCGAUUCGCUCGCAAUUGGAUGUCGUGGUCUCCAUGGGCGGGAUGCUGGGACUUUUCCUGGGGGCCAGCAUUCUCAGUGCCAUCGAGUUCAUCUACUAUUUCACAAUGCGACCCCUUAACAACAUGCUGCGAGAACGUUCCGCCACUGAAAGAACUAACCGAAUACCACUUCAGGGAAGGGAGCACAGCAAUCAAAAGUAUAUGUAA